AGGAUAAACUCCCCUUUGGCCACCGUCCGUUCUCCCCCUCGCCUUAUCCUCCCCUGAUCUCCCGUACAAAAGCAGCGCUCCCUCCCGCUCGCCCGCUCAAGCUAUCCACCACCACCACCAUAGCCGCCGGCCACGCUCUUGCUCGAGGGCCACAGAAAAAGGCUCUAGAAUACCGAGAGCAAUGGCGUCGCUCGCCGUGGCAACGCUCCCGUCGCUGGCGGCCCCGGCGGCGAAGAAGAGGUCCGGCGUCACGUACGUGGAGGGCAUGAACGCGUACAGUGGCCUCAAGGGGCUCAACAAGGUGACCAUGCUCGGGGUGCGCAAGACCGCCGACUACUCCUUCGCCAAGAUCGUGGCCUCGAUGAGCCCCGCGGGCAAGAAGAGGCGCGGGGGCGCGUUCGGGGCGCAGAUGAACGCCGCGGCGGAGAUUUUCAGGAUCGCCGCCAUCAUGAACGGCCUCGUGCUCGUCGGCGUCGCCGUCGGGUUCGUGCUGCUCCGGGUGGAGGCCGCCGUCGAGGAGUCCGAGUAGUGAAGUGCCCUGUAGCAAGCAGCUACUCGGCUGUCGCCUGCCUCAUAAGCCGUAAUAUAUAAAAAGUGAUGUAUGUUUUUGAUUGAAUUUACUUUGGUAUGUAUCCAUGACAAUUGAGGAAUACUGUGGAAACAUGUUUUCUAGUCGAGACCUGCAAUUGGUCUUUCA